CCGACUUAAGUAGAGGGGACCGUAACUUGUCUUCUGUUCCGCCUAUGUUAACUACAUGUUGAAGGUCAGUUUCGGACUUGACUUGGACUGAAAGAGAUCGCAGUCACACCUAAAAGAAAUCAUGCGUGUUGCUCGAAACGGUGCUACAUAGAUAUACUGUUCUGUUAGAAAUUUUUGUGUGCUGCGUGCGUGAAUCGUGGAAAGUGAAAAUCCGCUGGUGUCGUGUCGGGACGACUUGCCGGACUGUUUUCGAUUAUGUAAUGAAGGUGUGCGGGUGAACGAAGAUAGUACUUAAUUACGUCUUAGGUUUAUUUUUAUCAGAAUAACCAUGCAUACCAUCUGUAUAUUACUCUUAGCUAGUCAGGCUUUCGCCAUGGACAAUUUAAAAGUGGCAUUCGAAUGGAAGAAACUCGAUUUCAUGUACCCAUCAGCAAACGAAAAAAGUGCUGCUUUGGAAAGUCAGCAGUUAAUUCCAGAAAACAAUUUGCCCUUGGGUUUAGAGGUUUACCAGGACAGAUUGUUUGUGACUAUCCCCAGGUGGAAACCUGGCGUUGCCGCUUCUUUAGCUUACAUUUACCUAAAUGAUACACCAAGCGAUCCGAUUUUAAGACCUUAUCCAAACUGGGAGGCGCACAGAAUCCACGACAACGACAACCCAGAGAUCGUGAGCCCGUUUCGAAUUAGAGCCGAUCAGUGCGGUCGAUUGUGGGUCUUGGACACUGGAUUUACUGAUAUUGCGGAAGAAAGCAUAAAAGACGUCACACCUCCGAGACUACUGAUAUACGAUCUGCACAAUGACGAGUUGUUACGAUCGCAUAUAAUCCCAAAGGAGCAAAGGAACAACGAGAGUUUCUUCGCUAAUAUUGUUGUAGAAGACCACGACUGUGAAGACAGUUACGCAUAUUUAGCCGACUUGAACAGGCCUGGCCUCGUUGUAUACUCUUGGAAGAAACAGACCUCCUGGCUGGUUAAAAACAAUUAUUUUCACUUCGAUCCUCUGGCUGGCGUUCUUAAUGUAUCCGGCAUUGAGUUCAUCUGGAGUGAUGGUAUUUUUGGUCUUGCUCUUUCUGGCCCGGACAGUGAAGGUUACAGUACACUUUAUUUUCAUCCGAUGAUCAGUUACAACGAAUAUUCGGUUAGUACUAAGAUCCUACGAAAUGAAACUCUUGCCAAUCAAAGCUUCCAAGAGUUCAAAUUUCUGGGCAGUCGAGGACCAAAGAGCCAAAGUGGUGCUUCUUUCCUUCAUAAAAAGUCAAACGUUCUGUUUUACGCUUUGAUUAAUCUUAACGCUGUAGCAUGUUGGAGGACCACAAAUCCAAAAUACACGAUGCUCUCCCAAGGCCGUAUAUUUAUGAGCAACGAAACAAUGGUUUUCCCCAACGAUAUCAAGGUGGACACCAAUGAUAAUCUGUGGGUUUUGUCAGAUAAAUUACCCGCAUUUUUGUAUAAAGGACUUAAUUACAAUGAAGUCAACUUUAGAAUUUUGACAGCGAAAGUUGCGGAUGCGAUACGGGGAACAGCUUGCGACUCUAAGUUAGUUGUAUCACCGACAAUUAUGGAUAAAAUAAUGCCUUCUAACAAUCCUAAUCCAGUUAAUCCUGUUAGUAACGAAAUUAAUAACAGGGAAGAGAGGAAAUCUGGAUCUGCAAUAGUUCAAGCUGAACUUGGUCUUUUACUAGUUUCUUUAUUUGCCAUAUUGCGCUAGGUAUUAACAAGUUUGGAGAAAAAUGUUUUACUGUGUUUGUUUAUUGAUUAUUACAAAUUAACAGAUUACUUUCUAGUAUCAGUGCUAGUCUAUUUUGUAAAUAAAAAUGUAAAUAAUCAAAGAAAAAUUACAGGAAAUAUUUUUCUUCCAAAUAUCCAUUGUUUGUAUAUUUUUGUACAAAACUGUAUUAAAAAUGCUUUUUAUUGUAUUGCUAUUGAAUUUAUUUAUUUUAGAUAACGUUUAAACACACACAGAUUAUUUUGUGAUUUACUAAAUUUUCUACAAAGUUUUAUACAUUUAAUUAUAUAUCUCAUAAAACUAA